AUGGAUGCUAUGAUUCCCGUUGAUACACUUGAAGUGACUGAUACUGGUUUUAAUGAACAAUUUCGAUUACGUACUGAUAGUAUAACAAAAAGUUCAUCAACUGAUGAAAAUGAAAUUCGAUCAUCUGAUGUUAUUGAACCUAUUGUCAAGACAGCUCAUUCAACAUCAAGUGGUUUCGAUGUUCACAAUGUUUAUGAAGCAUUUUUAUCUGCAUUAAAAGAACCUGAAAAUCCAAAAUCACCUAUUAGUACACAAGAUUAUAUAAAUGGUUAUCGAGAAUUAGUAAAAUUUUUUGAUCAACUUGGUUAUGUAUUUAAAUUUGUUAAAGAUGAUGUUGUUUCAAAAUUAACUAUUUUACAACAUUUUGUUGAUCAAGAUAAUGGUGAUACACCUCAUUAUGAUACAAUACAAAAGGCAAUUGAUUAUGAAACAGAUAAUAAUUUGAUUAAAACAUAUCCCGAAAAUUUUCCUCGAACUUUAUUAAGACUUCAUCGUGCUUUAAUUUUUAUUGAAGAAUUUCUUCGAGGUUUAAGUGAACGACCAUCAUCUGAUAGUACAGUUACAAUUGCAACAAAUGCUUAUGAUUCAACAUUAUAUUAUCAUCAUGGUUUUCUUAUUCGUACAACCGUCAAAGUUGGUUUUCGUGCAUUACCAUCUCGUAAACAAUUAGAUGAAAUACUCUUUCAUGGUCAAAAAUCAAAUAUGAUUGAACAAUAUAAAACAUUUAUUAAAACAAUCAAACAAAUUUAUGAUAUUAUUGAAGAAUAUUAUGCAGAAAAAAAAUAUUUACAAUUACCAUAA